AGCCAGGGGCCUUAUCACAUCAACAUCAAAGGGCGCUAACCAGAGAGAUCUCAGGAGAAGAAGAAGAUUCUAUUACUUGUGGUCUUACCAAUUCCACUGACUUUACCUGGAGGACCAAGAAUCCAUGGAUCCAUUCAGGAACCAUCAGGGAUCUCAAAAAGCGAUUCUUCUAGCAGGUUGCAUCCUAUGCUGCUUAUUGCAGUUGGUACCAGCCCAGAAACGUUUAACUGUCAUUCCUAAACCCUCAAACCCUAAACAGGGUGAAAAUGUCCUGCUGGUUCUGAAGGGUGUCCCGGACCAGUUUGAGACAUGCGAGUGGACGCCGCCCUCUGGGAACAAAGUUACUUUUCCCCCCCAAGAAAGUUCCGGGUCAAAAACUAUCAAGGCUGAUGCUGUACAGACAAUAACUGUACAUCAGAAUUGUUCCUUGGAUAUCAGAAAUCUGACACAGUCAGCUACAGGAAACUAUAUGGUAACCAUAACUGCUGACCCCGCAAAGAAGCUAGAUACAAAAGAUGAAGCAACUCAAACCUAUACGGGUUCCAUUGUUCUAAACAUUUCUAUCGUUUUCCAAAUUACUAUCCAGAUCAUACCAGCAAACCCCUCUGUUGGCCAGAACAUCACGUUGAUUCCAGGGAUGCCACAAAAAGACAUUGUGGGGUGUGAUUGGAGCCGAAUAACCAAAUCUGGAGCGAAAGAAAAAAUCUACAAUUCUGAGUCAGAGUCCAAGAAACAGCAGGACCGACAGAAGACAGUACAAGAGGAUGAUUGCUCCUUGCAUAUCACCCAGCUGACCGCAAAUGAUUUUGGAAACUACAUUGUUGAGAUUGAAGUUUCUUCAGACCAAAACCCCAGUCCAGGGAAGGGGACUAGUGUGGAACCAAAGUUCUAUAGAGGCCAGGUGGUGUUACAAGCCAGAACACAAGAUGGUGGAACAGCCAAACAACAACCUGGGCAAAGUCCGGGUUCUGGCUCAGCCUCCUUGAAAUACAGUGCAGGAAUCAUUGCUGCAGCUUUGUUUGGAUCCCUUGCCUGGACCAGCACACUCUCCCUCUUCUCACUGCUCUUCUGCAUGUUCUCAUCAUUCUUUCCUGAAUGCUAAAUUGGAAGCAGUUCUUUCCCUUUUGAAAGAUUCCUUUGCAGAGAAGGGACACACAAGUUAUGCUGCGUCCGUAUGUGUAAAGCGGAACAGCUCUCUGUUUGGGUAUUAAGCUUGAUCUGAUGCGGUUGAUUUCUUUUGAAGCUAAACUUCAACCAAAGCUGUAUAUUCGUUUUCUUUGUUUCUGUUUAUAUGAACAAAACGUAAGCUUUAAAACUUGAGAAUGUUUGCAACCUACCUGUAAAAGAUGGAAAAAAGCUAUCUAUGUUGUAAACAUACAUUGUAUUUUGUAUUAAGCACCUGUACAUGACUUAUUUUUUUGGCAGUCAAUGCAUGUAAUCCAGUUUUGAGCAAAAUACAGAUAGUCCUCAGGUUAAGAACACCCAGGUUACAGACAACCCAUGGUUAAGAACAGAGCCUAUUGUAGC